AUGAAAUCGAAUUUAUUUAUUAUAACAUUAAUUAUUUGUUUAUUAUCAUCAACUGUCUAUUGUGAUGAUGAAUCACCAUAUAUUUACUUGAAAUAUUUCUUUUGUAGACAAACUUGUAGUAGUUCUUGUCCAAGAGGAAUUUUUGAAGGUGAAAGCACAAAAUUUCUUAGAAAUGAUAUUAAAGUUUCAGAAAAUCGUUGGAAUGGUGUAAUGUAUAUGCAAUUUAAAUAUAUUUCAGAAAAUAAAACAGUUUUAGUAGAAGGUAAUGAAAGAUAUGUUGAAUCAUUCACUUAUCCAAUUGUAAAUAAUACAUUAAAUCCAGAUAAUGAAAAUUGUAUUUUAUUAGCAAAUAAUAGAACUUUUACUGAUGAAUGUUUUGCAUUCUUAGUUUGUAAUAAUUCCCAAAUAAUAACUUCAAAUUUUAUUUUAAUAUUUUUAAUAUCAACAAUAAUGUUUUUAAUUUUUUAA